UAGUUGUUUUCCUUUUCAUACCCCGUGCAAAAAGGGAAGGGGGUAAUAUGGAGUUGUCACAACCUGUUGUGAUUUCAGCGAAGCCUUCACGAAAAGUGUUUUCAGGAGGAAAAAGUAAGCGGAUCGCCCACCAAAUUCCAGAUGAGAUACUAAAUGAUGUUCAACUUCAGAAAGCUGUCCAGCAGCUUCCAGCCAAUUACAAUUUCGAAAUAUAUAAAACUGUUUGGAGGAUACGUAGUGCACAAGCUAAAAGAGUGGCCCUGCAGUUUCCAGAGGGACUACUAUUGUUUGCUUGUCCAAUUGCUGAUAUCAUUGAAAGAUUUACAGAUGCAGAUACCUUGAUUAUGGGGGAUGUCACAUAUGGUGCUUGCUGUGUGGAUGAUUACACUGCCAAGGCUCUUGGUGCAGACUUUCUUGUGCACUAUGGACAUAGCUGUUUAAUACCAAUUGACACACAUGAAGGCGUCAGAAUGCUGUAUGUUUUUGUUGACAUCAAAAUUGACCUGGAUCAUUUUAUACAAACUGUAAAAUACAACUUUGAGCCUGGUUCAUCCCUGGCCUUGGUCAGCACAAUUCAGUUUGUUGCUGCAAUCCAGGCAUCAUCUCAGCAACUAAACUCUGAAUAUAAAGUUACCAUCCCUCAGUCCAAACCUUUGUCUCCUGGUGAAAUCCUUGGCUGUACCUCCCCAAGACUUGAAGAUAUAGAUGUUAUUAUUUAUCUUGGUGAUGGAAGAUUUCAUUUAGAAUCCAUUAUGAUUUCAAAUCCUGAGAUCCCAGCUUAUAGGUAUGAUCCCUACAGCAAAGUUUUCUCUAGAGAACAUUAUGAUACAGAAAAAAUGCUUCAGAUGAGAAAAAGUGCAAUAGAUGUAGCUAGUAAAGCUAAGAAGUUUGGUAUAAUACUAGGGACUUUGGGGAGACAAGGAUCUACACAAGUAUUUGAGAAUAUACAAAAAAGGAUUGAGGAAGUUGGUAAAGAAUAUGUUCUGGUGCUGCUGUCUGAAGUUUUCCCAGAUAAAUUGAGGAUGUUCAGUGAUGUUGAUGCUUGGGUCCAGGUAGCAUGUCCCAGGCUGUCAAUAGAUUGGGGAACAGCUUUCGACAAACCGUUGUUAACUCCAUAUGAGGUCUCUGUUGCACUGGACAGUGUUGCAUGGCAGCAAAGGUAUCCAAUGGAUUAUUAUGCAAAUUCAAGUUUAGGGCAAUGGACCGUCAAUCAUGAAGCUAACAGGCCAUCCAGAACGAGAAAAAGAAUACCCAGAACUGAUGAAAUAAGUAAUAAAAGGGUUGAAUCUCAAAAACAGACAAAUUUAAAUGAAACGCCAAGCUCUGCAGAUAAAGAAAAGCGGUCUAGAUCACCAGGUUGUGAAGGAACGUGCGACAAGUGCAAAGAUAAACAGAAAGAACCUGAAAUUUAUUAGAGAAUGAUUAAAUGGUCUAUGUAAAAAGAUUGUAACUCACAGCUUCUAUUAUUCAGAAAGUGUUUAAAAGGCCAGUGCCUCUUCAUGCUUUUGAGGGGAGACACCAAGAAAACACAAAACUUGAUGCCUUCAUUCCAAUGUGAAAACUGAAAAGCUCAUCAA